GGCGCGGCUGUCUGCAGCCGCAUCCCUGGAUUGGCGAAAAGUCAACGCGAGCAGUGCAGAAAAGCGCCGCACACGAUGCCGGCGGUGGGCGAAGGCGCCGCAUUGGGUCUGCGCGAGUGCCGGCACCAGUUCCGACAUCACCGUUGGAACUGUUCCCACGUAUCCAACGAUCAGGUCUUCGGCCACGUGGUGGUAGUGGGUAGCAAAGAGGCGGCUUUUACGUACGCAAUAAGCUCGGCCGGCGUCACAUACGCAGUGACAGCAGCUUGCAGCCGUGGCAACAUCACAGCUUGCGGUUGUGAACCGGCUGUAAGGACGAGGAAGGAAUUACCGCCGAACGGUUGGGAGUGGGGCGGUUGCAGCGCCGACGUCACGUACGGGAUGAGGUUCGCGCGUAGGUUUCUGGAUGCGAGAGAGAUCGAAGGCGAUGCCCGGAGCCUGAUGAACCUUCACAAUAAUAAAGCCGGAAGAAAGAUAGUCAAGGCUCUUCUACAAACGGAAUGCAAAUGUCACGGUGUAUCCGGAUCUUGCACUGUAAGAACGUGUUGGCGAACGUUACCCAGUUUUCGUCAAAUUGGCGAUGCGCUUAUGAAAAAAUACAGGAGAGCUAAACCUGUCAUGGCCAUUACACCACCUCCCCCACCCACAGUUCAGACCCUGGAUGCAAUGUCGCAUUCAAUGUUACCGGAAAUGGUGCCCAUAUUGGGAAACGACGCCAAAACGCAAGGCAAGCCGAACGAUCUCGCCAAAUCGCGGCACAAUCGACAGCCACUGUUGAAGAAAAUCAACAAGUCUAAGAAGUACUUAGUACUUUCGACACAGAAACGGUCGAAAGACAAAGAUGGUAGCCCGACUAUAAGCUCGAUUAUAAACCCGAAAAGAAUUCCAAAAAGAAGCGAGCUAGUUUAUCUUCAACCCUCCCCCAAUUACUGUGAGCCGAAUUUGGCGCAAGGUAGCCUCGGUACGCAGGGCAGAUAUUGCAACCGUACUAGCACAGAAACCGAUGGAUGCGAUUUAAUGUGCUGCGGUCGCGGCUACAAUACACAUCAAUUCACGAGAACGUGGCAAUGCAGAUGCAAGUUUCACUGGUGUUGCCGCGUACACUGCGAGACUUGCAUGGAACGCACCGAGGAAUAUACAUGCAAAUAAUACUAUUAUCAGCGUACAAUGUGUAUAUAGAUUUGCGAAAUAGUACAUGUAAUUAUAUAAAUGUUAGACUUUAUCUUCAAGAGUAAAAGAAACAAA